AUGAUCAACCACGAAACAGUAGACAUUAAUGCUGAUCUUUUAGAUUGUGCAACCUCUUUGAUACAAGGAAGGACGAGUAGCAAGAUGAAAGCCGACCUUCUCAAACAUAUUUCUAAGAUAUUACGGAGCAUCAAUCUUGCUGAUGGAGGUGGUUCCCUAGUUGCUACCAAGGAAGAGCCCAUUGAAAAGUCUAAUGAAGACUUGGGUUUCGACCUCUUUAAGUUUUGUUUAGUCAAAAUCAAACCGUUUGACUGCGGCAAGAAGUUUCUUAUGGAUCCAUCUAGCAGCCUAAAAGGUUACUUGCGCCAAAAGAAACAGCUUGGCUCUCUCCCUGCCAUUAAAUCUAUAAAUACAGCCAUGAAUUCAAGGUAUAGCAACGCCUAG